AUGACCACCUCGUUUACCGCGUUCGACUCGUACAAACUAAACACUCAGUUCAGCGUUGAUGGCACAUCGUUUAUACAUACCAUCCCUGAGACGGUACCCGGAGGGAAGGUUCGAGUGGAGAGGUGGUCUAGGGUGGAGCGUAUUGGGAAGGGAACCUUUGGAAGUGUGUAUAAAGAAAAAUGUGAUAAUGGGGAUGUCCGGGCGGUGAAGGUAGUCCUUCACUCAGCUAUGAAUAUACGGGAGUUGCUGGCCUUGACUAGGAUGACGCAGUACACAGAUUACUUCGUCCAGCUGUCCGGCUGGUUCCAGGAUGAUACGAAUAUCUACCUAGCUAUGGAAUAUUUUCCAUGCGGCGAUUUGCAUACCUUCAUCCUCGAGAGCCAAGGUGGGCUAUCGCAGCCGCAGAUAAAGACGGUUACGAUACAGCUACUUGAGGGGCUGAAGAUUAUGCACAGUCUCAGCUUUUGCCACAGAGACUUGAAACCUCAGAAUGUUCUGGUCGUCACUUGGUUCCCCCUGGUAGUGAAGAUUGCAGACUUUGGCACCACGAAAGAAGCAGGAGAUGAAACAGCUUUAAGGACUAUUGUCGGUACACCCGACUACUUGGCUCCAGAAGUUCUCGGGAUUAUUGACACGGACACCUCCGAAUAUACGGAUGCGGUUGACAUGUGGUCUAUGGGCUGUCUGAUUUUUGCAAUGGCAACGAAGAAGACGCCGUUCCCGGGAACCAAGGGGCUAGAGGCGUUUAUUAAGCGGUUAACAUUUCCGGGAGACCGAUUAGUUGAGGCCGAACUAGAAGAGUUUAUCGUGGGUUUUAUGAGACCCAUGCCGGGCGAGAGACUAACUGCUAAACAAGCAUUAGAUCACGCAUGGCUAAACUCAGGUGAUCAUACCUGGGAUGGAGAGACAAAUUUGAGUAAUGGGCCAGGACAGGAAAAGGCGACAAUAGGUCCCACUGGAAAUCAGGCAGGCAAUGAAUCGGAUGAUGAUUAUGACACGUGGGAUACCCAGGAUGAAGUCGAUAGUGUACCUCCCCUAUCGAGAUCGUCGGUCGGCCAAGGGCGAAUGAUAUCUUCUGUUGGAGCCCGUCAACCAGAUAUCAAAUCUAACAUGAGAAGGGUUGGACUGGCUCUCACUGAAGCUGCCGCACAUGGGCAUCGGCAAAUUGUCCAGCGCAUGCUCGAGACAGGAGCGAGUCUUGCCUUUAGAGAUCAGAACGGAAACACUGCACUCCACCGGGCAGUUCAGCGGGGGAAUACCGAUAUUGUACGGUUACUGCUACAGGCUGGAGCUGACAAGAUGGCAAAAGGCUUUGGCGACGCCACGCCCCUCAUUAUGGCUGCUGCUUGCGGGUAUAAAGAGUUGGUUCAGUUACUUGUGGAUGAGGGCACGGAUAUCUCUGCCAUUGAUGGAGAAGGAUAUAACGUUCUUCAUGCCGCGGCUCAAAACGGAUACCCAGAUCUGGUACGGUUUCUGCUAGAAUGUGAAGGGGCAGAUAUAGCGUCGGGAGCUGGCACGGGAGUUGCUACACCUUUGCAAGUGGCUGCACGAGCGGGUUGGGUUGAUGUGGUAAAGCUGCUACUGGAGAAGGGAGCAAGCACUGCUGAUAAAGGUCCACAUGGAUUUACAGCACUGCAUUCGGCGGCUUCGAGAGGGAAAGCGGAGGUAGUAAAGUUACUACUCGAUUAUGGUGCCGAUAGCCGGAUUAGAACCGAGGGACUCUCGACAGCGUUAACACUGGCAGCUACCGACGGGCAUAGGAAGGUGGUAAAGCUAUUGCUGGAUCGUGGCGCUGAUAUCAUGGAAAAAGGUCCCCAUGGAUACACGGCGCUUCAUUUAGCAGCCGAGGAAGGACAUCAUGAUGUAGUUCAGCUGCUGCUACAGCGAGGAGCAGAUAUCACCGCGACUGAGAAUGAAGGAUCGACUGCUCUGCACCUAGCAACUGCCGCUGGAUGCUUAGAAGUAGUGGACCUAUUGAUUGGUUGGGGCGAGGGCACCGCGGUACGAGACAGCGGAAUUGACGAAUUCCAAACCUUACCUAUCGACCACACAACCACCGGGAAGGAGGACUCUCUUGUCAUUGAAAAAAACUCAAAGAUCGUAGAUCCGAUGACGAUGGGUGCUGGCACAUUGAAUAUGCCCGAACAGAGAGAUCAGGCAGUGAUAGUAGAAGGAAGUAUGACCAAAAUGGAGCAGGAAGCGAGGCCUACGCUUGGGGAGGAAAGGACAGCCGAGGGGAGAUCGAUACAGAACGAAUAUGAGGUAGAAAUCUCAGAGGUGGUGGAAUCUCCCUUACCUAAGAGAGAGGGGGGAACGGUUGAAGAGGGACUAUUUCAGGAGUCCAGGGUAAAUACUUCAUCGAAUGAAAGGCCUACAAUACCAGAGGGAGAAAGAGAUGCCAUUGAAGAGGAAAGACUAGAGCCUGAACGUGAAGGUAACUCAAGGGCUCAUGUUCAGUCAAAACUGGAAGAGGCGCUACCGGGGAUAAACAUUGCAGAGUCGAGAGGAAAGCUUGGAAAGUUUAGAAUGAGUGGACGGCGUUCAAGAUCUGAUAAAAAAUCGCGGUGUGUGAUAUCAUAG